CUUGAAGUUGAUGUUGAAUGGGAUGAGUCUAACGAGUCAGAUGUGAUAGACAAUGAUGAUGAUGACCCAGACUGCACAGCCUCUGGAGAAGACGAUUUCAUACCUCCGGGAGCUCCAACCAAGGACUGUCCUACAUGCAAGAAGUCCAUUCUGUGAAUCCGUCUACAAGAGGAAGGACAUCACGACGCACCUGGCCGAGGCGCACCAGGACGAGGUCCACUUCCCGUGCCCCGACUGCGAGCUGGUCUUUAACACGUUCACGGAUCUGCGCCACCACUGCUUCGUGGGGCACAUGGGCAUCGCGCAGGAGGCCCACGCGUGCGCGCUGUGCUCCAAGAACUUCUCCAGCUCCUCGGCGCUCAAGGUGCACGUGGAGACCAUCCACGACCGCAAGCACAGCUACAAGUGCGAGGAGUGCGACGAGACCUUCAACAAGAAGACUAACAUGCAGAACCACCUGCGCAGGGUGCACCAGGCCGCGGAGUCGAAGCGCCUGCAGUGCGACCUCUGCGACAAGAAGUUCCUGUGUCCAAGUGAACUGCGGAAGCACGUGGAGCGCGUCCACCUGAAGGUGCGCACCAGCGAGGUCCUGUGCCCUAUCUGCAGGAAGCCCUUCGGCGACUCCCGCGACAUGAAGGUCCACCUGAGCGCUGUGCACAACAAGGACACGCAGUACCCGUGCCCCGCCUGCUCCAUGGUGUUCUACCGCCUCAACGACAUGGUCAACCACAAGCGGCGUAUGCACGGCGGCAAGGAGGUCCGCACGCACGUGUGCCCGACGUGUUCCAAGGGCUUCUGCAGCAAUAGCGACCUGAGGACGCAUAUCAACGUCGUGCACCAGGAUGUGCGCAAGCACGUAUGCGACAUGUGCGACAAGGCCUUCAAGGUGGCGUCGCACCUAACGUACCACAAGCGCAAGCACACGGGCGAGACGCCCUUCCAAUGCCCGUACUGCAGCAAGGGCUUCCGCGGGCCCGGCAACAUCUCGGAGCACGUCAAGAAGGUGCACAAGGCGGUCUACAUCGGCGUGGCGCAGCGGAGGAAGCUUAACCUGCCGGACUCGGCUCCGCUGCCGCCGCCGGGCAGCCGCCCCAGCGAGCCGCUCAAGGCCAAGGGCGCGAAGGGCACCAAGACGCGCGCGAGAGCCGUUAGAAAGGCCGGGGAGCCACGCGGCAAGGACUCCAGCCUUCUGGCCGCUCCGGUGGAAGGCGAGGCGGCCGAGGUGGCGCAGGGGCCGCCCAUGGACGCCCUUCAGGACGGCGUAUCGGCUGCAGCGCAGAACGCCGUCCAUUUCACGGCCUCGGGACAAGCCGUCCACACUAUUGCCGCCACCCAAGCCUCCAUCCAGGCCCUCGCGCCCGUGAACGCAUCCACUUCUGCCGUGUACUCCUUCAUACCAUACAUCGCCUCGACAGGGCACACCGACGUCAUUCAGGUGCCCAAUACCCAGGUCCUCACACCCACCGAAGGCCCAACCUUCCAUGCCACGCCCGCUAUCGUCGCCAACCAAGGGUUGAUCGACCACGUCAACGCCUACAUCAACUUCUGAAGCGUUGAGUCAAUGCCCAAUGCCCGGGAAUCGUCGUCUUGUGCUGUUAAUGGCAUUGUGAUCCAUCUGGCGGGCAAAUGUCCUCCUUUAUUCGACAAAAAUGACUUAUUUUCCAUUACUUUUUCCACUACUAAAUUGGCUCAAGCCUUUAUUAAUGUAAAUGUAAAUAGUUCCAAGCAUUCUUUACAGGUCUUCUUAAUCCUGGGCACGUUUACAAAAAUCUCCCUCGCCCAAUGAAGAAAUAAAUGCGCCCAUGUUAGCAUCAUCACGCACAUCAUCUCAUAAUGCCAUCAGUGCUUUCAUUCAUUACCAGUGUUAAUCAUCUCUGUAAAUGUAAUAAAUAGUAUCAUCCACCAUCAUCAUUAUUGCCAGAAUGUAAUCACAGGAAAGGCAUAUCAUAAAUUGCCACCGAGUACAAAGUUACCAGUUCCAGUUUUGUUUUUUGUUUGUUUACACUUGAUAAACACAACAUGUCUUCCGUUUGUAUAUAUUUUUUAUGUAUCGGGACCACAAAAUGUAAAAGUGUUUCCAUUUUCAUAAUGCAUAUUCUUCUUUGAGACUAAAGAAACACAAAUAAAGAAUGAUUGUAAGACAUUCCGAGAGGCACAUGUCUGUGUGUACCAUAAGUUUAUUAAAUAAUGUAUUGUUUAUUAUAUCAUGAUAUGAUUCGUAAAUUGAUAAUAAGUAUGGGUGCUUAUUUCUAUUCUAUAUUGCUUUUAUUAUAUACUGAACAUUUAUUAUUGACGAGCUAAAAUAUUGGCCUGUAAACUUGUUCUAAAGAAUAUUUCUGAAUGUAAGUAAGCCUGAAGCAUAUGUCAUUUCAAAAGGAACAUCAAAAAGCAUUUUCUUACUAUUUUGUAUGUCUGUGGCCUGUCUUUACGGAAGUUCAAGAAUGAUUAUCUAUUUUUAGAGCUCACUGGCAGAUGUAGACUAUGCGAAUGUUUAAUUAAAAAUACAUUUUAUAUUUUUUGUAAUAAAACUUAUAACAGAAA